AUGGUCUUCUGCGAAGAAACUUUACGACAAGCAGUGUAAGGAAAAUGAGCAGGAAAAGUCUAAAGAGAAUGAACAGAAGAAUAAAAAAAGUUCAAACUUUAUGGAAACAGGUACAAAUUGUGUGAGAGAAUUAAGGAAUUAUGUGUCUCAAAUACUUCAUGAACAUUAUAAUAACAAUGAGACAAUCGAUAAUUUAAUAAAAUUUCAUCGCAUAUUUCAUUUAGAUAAACAUUUAAUAAAUAACAUUGUUGAUAUUGUUUAUGAGCCUGAAAAUAUCAUAAAACUUUCUUUCUUCAUUGAUGAGAUUAGAAACUUGCUUAUACAAUCUCCACGAAGAACUGAUUACGAUCUAACCGAAAGAUAUUGCAAUAUAAAAAUGUUUCACUUUAUGAGGCAAUGUUUGGUAAGAAAGAAAUUGUAUAGAUACACAAAUCAAUCUUACAAAAGUCAGCUUUUGGAACAGAUUGCUACUAUGGCGGCACAAUGGUUUCAACCCGAAAAAGAUGUCUUUUACUCGAGCGUAAAAGCAUCACUAGAUAGUAUCACAUUAGAGGUACUGAAUUGCCUCAGAAAAAAACAUCCCGACCAUUCGAUAUUCUCGACGUCCGCUGAAAUUUUUUCAUAUUGGAAAAACAACAAUAUCGAUAAUAAUCAGUGGAACGAAGCAGAAGGGACACAGCUUAUGGACACACUCGAGGAAUAUAUACUUGGCAAAUUUCGACCAUGCAAUUGGGGAAUGUUUCCUAACACAAAGUUGGAAUACUUGUGUAUAGAUAAUGUCUUAAAAAAUAAAUAUGGUCAAGAAUUAAUUUUAUUAACAAUAUAUCACAGCGUGGCCAGAAGACUUGGUCUACGUUGCGAUAUAAUACGUUUGGAUUCUCCUAUUUCUCAUUUCUUUAUCGUUUGGGAACCAAACUUGGAACUGCUAUACAGGAUGCAUUCAAAUAUUGGAUACCUCGAUGAAUUAUUAAGAGCUGGACGGUUUUGGCAAGAAUUAAUAUGGUUAGCAUUGGUAAAUAGUAACCGAUAUAAUAACGCUUUUGGGUUUAUGCCGGAUGGAUCGAUUCAAUUGAUUGGAUACGACAGUAUAAAUGUGCUCAGCCCUCGUGUUAAAAAAACACAGCUAUAUACAAGACCAAAGGACGUAAAAUUUGCGGUUGGUAUGAUAGUGACAUAUCAACCUACAGAUUGUGCCGGCCUAAUAGUAGGAUGGCACCGACAUCUUGAUAGACAUCUUGUUAUAUUCUCCGCAAAGAGUGUGCCGAGUCCUUAUAUGCACAUAUAUGAACUGCCGUUGAAUCACUGUCGUAAUUGUAAUUUUAUAGAGAAACAAACAAAUUACAUAAUUCUUACCGGAAAUAAUAAAAUGUUUUAUGUGGAAGAAAAUGCUAUAACUUUAACAACGCCGAAAUGGAUCGAUAAUAGUGAAAUAGGUCGCUAUUUUUAUAAAUUCGAGGGCACGCGUUACGUACCAAAUAAAAUUCUGGCGAAACUUUAACCGCAGGACACCGCUAUAACUGCGCAGCAACAUUGCAGCAACAUUGCAACGUUGCAGCAAUAUUGAUGCAUCGUCAUGUACUAAAUGUUUUUCUUUAUUUCUUCUCGUAUGUUUCCUUGUCCUUCAGUUUUUAUUCUUUAAUAAUAUAUUCAUAAGCCUUUCUUUUUAAUUUUCUGUGCAAUUCGUAUUUCUUAAUCUUUUGACAACAUUUUUUAUUAACAUUAUCAAAAACUGUUAAUACAUUGAGUUGAUUCACAGACGUAGCAAUAUUAUUGAAUUAUUCUUUACUCGCGUUAUUGGUAGUAAUGUAAUAAAAACAUAUUGUAUUAAGCAUAUGUGUCGACUGUUAUAUCUCACGGAUUUAUGUGUGGCAAUUUUAUUUUAUUAUCUGAACAUUAUCAUCAAUAAUAUCAUAUUAGUAAAAAUAUUGUGACUGGCAAUUUUAAUCCUAACCAACUGUAGAUAAAACACAAUACUUUAUGAUUUAGUUUCAGAAUCGUGUAAUUUGGUCAAAAAAAAAUCGUAAGAAAAUUAAAAAAAUAGUAUUUUGUAGGCAAAAUGUAGUUUAUGGAACUUGAGUUGAAUUUUUCGAGAGAAAUUUUUUUAUUGUGCUGCAGAAUGUCAAAAAUACAUAAUUUCAAGGAACAAAACAAUGGGUUCUUUUUUUAAACACAGGACAAGGAAGAUAAAAAAAUUUUUUAAAUCCGACGAUAGGGUUAAAGUUGAAAUUUCAAGCUUCAAAAUGCUUUUUUAAUUUUUUGUCUACGAAGAUCUUUCGUCGAGUUUCAGCGGUUUGAAAAUUCCCCAAUUUUUAGGAUAUGAAAAAUGUUCCCUAUUUUUUUUUUAGUAGUGUAUAUAUAAACAUAUUUUAUAUUAUAUGUAUAUACUGAGAGUAACGUAAAGAUAAAGACGGGAAAUGAUACGUUUUGAAUUAAUCAAAAUUUUUCUCAUGUUAUGUGUUGUGAGACAGUGUAAACAAUUACUUGGCUUAUGGUACUAUAAGUUUAGUGUAUAAACAUAAUUAUGA